AUGGUUCUCACACGCAUGGCUCUGAAUGACUGGGAUUCUCAAACCUCUAGCACCAUUCUGGCUCUCAGUUUUAAAUAUGACUUAGAUGGCUAUUGGAGAAAGUGUGGGCCCGGUAAGUGUCAGCUAAUUCCAGGAUUCGCGAGCCACGUAUCUCUCCCUUGCGAUGCAUCUGCGACGGAAGUCAGCACGCCUGAAUGGACCCGCUGGCGUUACGCAUUUCUCGCAUGUCGCAUCAACGAAUUACCUGGAAGCAAUGGCAAGACGGAAGAACCUAGUCAGGAGCGUUCCGGCCACGAGGUAAACAAUGCGCAGCCAUUCACGCAUGCGCAGACGCUAUCAGCUGACCUUAAAAGCAUGGAAGUUUCAGCUUUUCCAAAAUCACAACUUGGAACUAGGCUUAUAAGAGUCGCAGUGUCUAAGCCAAUGAUCAACGUAUUAUCAUCUAGAAUAAAUUUCAACGUCUCCGCUCUCUUCCCGACCCUCCUGCAGGCGGCGGUGGCGGCGGUGGUGGCGGCGGCUGCGACCGAGGGCUUCAGAGACCGGCCGACGCGUCACGCCCACACAGACGCCCUCGCGCUUCGAGGUGACGUAGCUGUGUUAGAAUCCUCUGAUAGAAUUAGAAGAUCUCCUUUUAUCCCUCGCGCUCAGCCUCGGUCCCGCUCUCGGAGGCCCAGCAGAUCAAGGCCCUCCUAUGGCCGGCCUCGUCGUCCGUCAAAAGGACAACGAAGACCUCAGAAAUCUCGACCUAGUAAAGGACACCGUCGUCCUCGCCCUAGCAAAGGACGCCCUCGCCCAUCCUAUGGAGCUCCUCCAAAGGCCCCUAGUCCAUCUUACGGAGCUCCCCCCAAGGCUCCCAGUCCUUCCUAUGGAGCUCCUCCCAAGGCCCCUAGCCCAUCCUAUGGAGCUCCUCCCAAGGCCCCUAGCCCAUCCUAUGGAGCUCCUCCUAAGGCUCCCAGUCCUUCCUAUGGAGCCCCUCCAAAAGCCCCUAGUCCAUCUUAUGGAGCUCCUCCUAAAGCUCCCAGUCCUUCUUACGGAGCUCCUCCAAAGGCCCCUAGUCCAUCUUAUGGAGCCCCUCCAAAGGCUCCCAGUCCUUCUUAUGGAGCUCCUCCAAAAGCUCCUAGUCCAUCCUAUGGGGCCCCUCCAAAGGCUCCCAGUCCUUCUUAUGGAGCUCCUCCAAAAGCUCCCAGUCCUUCUUACGGAGCUCCUCCAAAGGCCCCAAGUCCUUCCUAUGGAGCUCCUCCGAAGGCUCCCAGUUCUUCCUAUGGAGCUCCUUCGUAGAGAUGCAUAUGAGAACCGUUGUUUAGAUAUCCCUAUUUUCAUAUCCGUAGCGUAGUAGUCAACUUACCUCUUUAAUAACAAUAUAUGCCUCAAAUAGUGACUAUAGGAUUGCUCUGGUACAUCCCUCAUUCAAGGUAUCUCAAAUCAACAUUUUACCAUUUCAGUAUUUUGAAACCCCUAGGUAUUGGAGUGUUUAUCAAGAUAGAAAAGGAGAAUCUGGGAGAUCAAAACGGGAAUGUGAACGGUGGAGGAUGCAGAGGCACCAUUGCAUCCACUGGAGGAGGUGGCUUUGUCACUCGAAAGGACAUCGUCAGUGAAAGGAGUGGAAAAGGAAGCCUGAAACAGAUAACAAAAAAUCACGAGGAGAAUUUUCCCAUACAUUAUUCUCGAAAAUCUUAACUGUAGUUAGAGCUUUCUUUUCAUUAAUUAUUUAGUCUAGUCUUACACAUAUGUCCGUGAAAUAAAGUUCUUUCUACAUAUUUUGGUGCCUGUAUCUGUGUUUUUUUUUCGUUGUUAAUAUCUCAUGUUGGGUGCAAUUGUUUUUUAUAGGUUCUAAUAGUACUGUAGAUAAAAAUGACGGCCCAAUAGACAUGAUUUUACCAUCUGCAAGAUGUGGUUUUGAGUUUAUAAUAAAAGAUACAUUAAC